GCAUGCAGUUUUUCCCAGAUCCUGCGCAAACACUCGUUGCUUAAUUGUUGGCACAAUCACUCCACUUACUGGAUUCUUCAGAUCAAGAUGCCAAACAAAUACGUACCCCGGCAACGGAAGCAUAAGGUCCUUGCAAGGCAGAAGGCAAGUGAAGCAUCAUCAGAUGGCGCAGAUAAUGUUGCAGCCGACAGCAAUGCGCUUGAGAUCAUUCCUAGCAAGAAGGAUACAGAGACCAAAAAGCUUCGCGAGGAGCUAAAGGACCAAGGCGUCAAAGUCAGCGGCAAGAAGGCCAAGAGACUCGAAAAGUACAUCGACAACAAAUUGAAGGCCGAUGAGAACAGGGUGUUAUUGGCCAAGCUGGCCAACAGCAAGGUCGACACUAGUCUGUUCUACAGCACUCGGACUCUUGGUCAAGGCAAGGAGACUAAAAAGCAAACUUUGAAGAGGGCACUUCAAGAGCACAAGGCUGGCUUGCGCGAUGAAGAAGAUGAGGAGUUAUUCGAGCAGCGCAACGACACUGAUAGUGAGCCUGAAGCCAACUCCACAGAGGCAGUAUCACCCCCAACAACAAAUGCUGUCGCCGCAUCUACUCAGCAGCCCGUUUCUGCUGGUUCGGGCUUGAAACGCCCCCUGGAGCUUGGCGACGACGGUCGCCCCGUCAUGCAAAAGCGUCAAAAACGAGGAGGCGUCAAGUCGAAAUUUUCUACGCCAAAAAUCGCGGAGCCUGAACCAGAGCUUGAGUCAUCAACAAGCUCGACCGAUGAAUGGGGUGGUAUCAACUCAGACGGCGAAGCUGUCGAUGGAACCAAUAGCUCUGGGGAUGACCAAAGUGAAGACGAGGAGGAAGACGCUUCCAGCGCAGAGUCUGGCUCAGAAGACGAGGAAAUGUCGGACGACGACAGCGAAGACGACUCAGGCGAUGAGCCGGAGGAUACGCAACAACGAUCUUCUGCAUUCAAGGCAUGGGCUCAUCAACAAAGGAACCAAGCUCUCGGCUAUGACCCCAUAGACCCAGCAUCGGCAAUACUUGACAUACCAAAACCAGAAAACUUCAAACCGCGGCCUCUUGAGCAAGAACCCUUGCCCAUGGAGUUGCAAGCAACGAGUAAUGAUGCCAGAAAAGCUUACAGUGUGCCUGUGACGAGAUCGACAGAGAUACAGGAAGCAAGAUUGAAGCUGCCAGUCGUAGCUGAGGAACAGAAGAUCAUGGAGGCAAUUCACAACAACAAUAUUGUCGUCAUUUGUGGUGCUACAGGUUCCGGUAAAACGACACAAGUCCCACAAUUUCUCUUCGAGGCUGGAUAUGGAUCACCAGAUUCACCCACACCGGGUCUAAUUGGAGUCACCCAGCCGAGAAAGGUGGCCGCCGUCAGUAUGUCAAAACGAGUGGGACAAGAGUUGGGUAACCACUCGGAGAAGGUUGCUUAUCAGAUACGUUUUGAGGGCACCGCUGACGAGAAGACGGCCAUCAAGUUCAUGACUGAUGGUGUACUGCUGCGAGAAGUUUCGAGUGAUAUUGCUCUUCGCAAAUAUUCCGCCGUUAUCAUCGACGAAGCUCACGAGAGAAGCGUAAACACAGAUAUUCUUAUCGGUAUGCUUAGUCGUGUGGUCAAGUUGAGACAAGAAUUGGCAGAGGAGGAUCCAACGAUAAAACCUCUGAAACUUAUCAUCAUGUCAGCAACCUUGAGGAUAGAUGAUUUGACGAAAAACCCCACGCUCUUCCCCAUACCGCCUCCCGUACUGGAUGUGGAGGGAAGACAGUUCCCUGUGACUGUACACUUUGCCCGACAAACCAAGCACGACUACGUUGAAGAGGCGUACAAGAAGAUCACCAGAGGUCACAAAAAGCUCCCUCCAGGAGGCAUGCUGGUUUUCCUAACUGGGCAUGAUGAAAUUUCGCGCUUGAGCAAGAUGUUGAAGCAAGCAACGGGAGGUUGGGCCUCGUCAGCGUAUACAAAAGUAAAAAUAUCUGCCAAUGAUGCCCCGUUGGAAGUGGAGGAUAUCGAGUUUGGUCAAACGACCGAUGCCACCCAAGACGAUUACGACGAGAUCAACUUCAUCGACGACGCUGAAGAGGAGGAUGACGAUGACGAUAAGGAGUUUGAUAUACCGGACGAAGAAGCAGGAACUGGACCUCUGAAGAUGCAUAUCCUGCCCCUUUUUUCGCUUCUGCCGACGAAAGAGCAAAUGCGAGCACGGCGUUUCGACAAGGAGAGCGGUGUGCAAAGUUACGAGAUUGGCUGGAUCAGCAAAGCUAGCGCAAAUCAGAGAUCUGGUCGUGCUGGGCGUACGGGACCUGGUCAUUGUUACAGAUUGUACUCUUCAGCAGUAUACGAAAGAGACUUUGCUGAGUUUGCUGACCCGGAACUCUUGCGGAUGCCUAUCGAGGGUAUUGUCUUACAACUCAAAGCAAUGAGGCUACAGCACGUUGUGAACUUCCCGUUUCCGACACCCCCGGAGAGAUCCAGUCUAGCCAAGGCGGAGCGAUUAUUAACAUACCUCUCCGCCAUCACACCGGAGGGUCAGGCCACAGACAUUGGCUCGACUAUGGCCAAGUUCCCACUGCCGCCACGGUUUGCCCGCAUCCUUCUGAUCGGACAUCUCCACGACUGUAUGCCCUACACCAUCGCUCUUGUAGCAGGUCUUUCUACCCAAGAAAUAUUUAUCCCGGAAACCGUUGCAGUUCCAGCAAUAUCUGAUCGCGAAGAAGGGACGCUUAGAACAAACGAGGACGUGAUAGCCGAGACGCAGCAAGCACGAGUAAGGCAAAAGUAUAACAAGGUGCACCAGAACUUCCGCUCGCUCGAUGACGCCUCGGACGCUAUCAAGCUCCUCCAAGUCGUCGGCGAGUUCGCGCACGACUCGAGCGAGCAGUGGUGCGAGAACCACUUUGUCCGGUUCAAGGCGCUCCAGGAAGCGCAGAAGCUACGCAAACAAAUCACCAGCCUGUUGCAGAAGGACAUCCCAGCCUUCGCCAACUUGACUUUCAAGGACAAGCUCGACCGGCCGACGCCCAAGCAAGUCACGGCUCUCAAGCAGAUGGUCGCGGCAGGCUUCAUCGACCAGGUGGCGAUCCGCGGCGACCUGGCCCCCAACCCACCUGAGCAGGGCAGGAAGCCGCGCCGCGCCAUCGACGUGCCAUAUGUCCCGCUCCACCCCAUCGACCCGCUCAGCGACGACGACGUGGACAAGUGCGUGUAUAUCCACCCCGCCUCGUCCCUCGCGCAUUUCAGCCCGCAGGAGUGCCCCGAGUACAUCGUCUACUCGCAUCUCCAGCGGGCGGCGCCGGGGAUUGACGCAGUCAGGAAGCCGAAAACCAGGAUGCUCGCCCUCACGGACGUCACGAGCGCGCAGCUUGCGGCUUUGGCCAAGGGGACGCCGCUCCUGAAUUACGGAAAGCCGAUCAAGGAGGUCAAGACGGACGACCCGGCGGUGCGAGAGAGCUUCGUCGUACCUUACUUGAGGGCAGAGGGCGGCGGAGGCGGCCAGGGUUGGGCUUUGCCGGUCAAGAAGAUUGUGCAGAAGAAGGUUCCUGGCAAAGGCUGGGUUGUGCAAUAAGGGUGGGGAGAUUGACCACAUACUACAGGUAGAAAAGAGGGAAUGCAUGGUUAUGUAAAAUCAAACGUUUUAUCUGAAUCGGUAUUUGACUAGAGCUCCAGACUGCAGUUUGAGUGGGUGCCCAGCCUUGAAGUGUUCUUCGAUCCCGGUGCAUGUCUUCC